AUGGACGAAUCUUCCUGCGUCGAGGGAGCGGGUGCCGUCUUGAUACUAACUAGCCCGACAGGAGAAUACAUAACAUACGCAUUGCGUUUUGACUUCAUCGCUUCGAACAAUGAAUUAGAAUAUGAAGCACUAAUUACAGGGCUACCACUAGCAAUCAAAAUGGGUUGUGAGCACAUACACACUUUCAUAGAUUCAAUGAUUGUAGCCAACCAAACGAAUGGUUUGUACGAGGUAAUGGGAAGAAAUCUAAUGCAAUAUGCGAACAAUGUAAAGAUAUUAACAAAGCAAUCCAAAACCUUCAAAUUGCAACACGUACCAAGGUCAAAGAAUAAACAUGUGGAUGCGCUGAGCAUGUUAGCUUCAUCAACAUUCUCACACCUCGCAAAAAAAAAGUGGUAG